CCAGGCCAGCUGGACGGGCACACCAUGAGGCUGCUGACCCUCCUGGGCCUGCUGUGUGGCUCGGUGGCCACCCCCUUGGUCCCGAAGUGGCCUGAACCUGUGUUCGGGCGCCUGGCAUCCCCCGGCUUUCCAGGGGAGUAUGCCAAUGACCAGGAGCGGCGCUGGACCCUGACCGCACCCCCCGGCUACCGCGUGCGCCUCUACUUCACCCACUUCGACCUGGAGCUCUCCCACUUCUGCGAGUACGACUUCGUCAAGCUGAGCUCGGGCGCCAAGGUGCUGGCCACGCUGUGCGGGCAGGAGAGCACAGACACGGAGCGGGCCCCUGGCAACGACACCUUCUACUCGCUGAGCUCCAGCCUGGACAUUACCUUCCGCUCUGACUACUCCAACGAGAAGCCGUUCACGGGGUUCGAGGCCUUCUACGCAGCCGAGGACAUUGACGAGUGCCAGGUGGCCCCGGGAGAGGCGCCCACCUGUGACCACCACUGCCACAACCACCUGGGCGGUUUCUACUGCUCCUGCCGCGCAGGCUACGUCCUGCACCGUAACAAGCGCACCUGCUCAGCCCUGUGCUCUGGCCAGGUCUUCACCCAGCGGUCUGGGGAGCUCAGCAGCCCUGAAUACCCACAGCCAUAUCCCAAACUCUCCAGCUGCACUUACAGUAUCAGCCUGGAGGAGGGAUUCAGUGUCAUUCUGGACUUUGUGGAGUCCUUCGAUGUGGAGACGCACCCUGAAACCCUGUGUGCCUACGACUUUCUCAAGAUUCAAACAGACAGAGAAGAACAUGGCCCAUUCUGUGGGAAGACAUUGCCCCGCAGGAUUGAAACAAAAAGCAACACAGUGACUAUCACCUUUGUCACAGAUGAGUCAGGAGACAACACAGGCUGGAAGAUCCACUACACGAGCACAGCGCAGCCUUGCCCUUAUCCGAUGGCGCCACCUAAUGGCCACGUUUCACCUGUGCAAGCCAAAUACAUCCUGAAAGACAGCUUCUCCAUCUUUUGCGAGACUGGCUAUGAGCUUCUGCAAGGUCACUUGCCCCUGAAAUCCUUUACUGCAGUUUGUCAGAAAGAUGGAUCUUGGGACCAGCCAAUGCCCACGUGCAGCAUUGUUGACUGUGGCCCUCCUGAUGAUCUACCCAGUGGCCGAGUGGAGUACAUGACAGGUCCUGAAGUGACCACCUACAAAGCUGUGAUUCAGUACAGCUGUGAAGAGACCUUCUACACAAUGCAAGUGAAUGAUGGUAAAUAUGUGUGUGAGGCUGAUGGAUUCUGGACGAGCUCCAAAGGAGAAAAAUCAUUCCCAGUUUGUGAGCCUGUUUGUGGACUAUCAGCCCGUACAACAGGAGGGCGUAUAUAUGGAGGGCAAAAGGCAAAACCCGGUGAUUUUCCUUGGCAAGUCCUGAUAUUAGGUGGAACCACAGCAGCAGGUGCACUUUUAUAUGACAACUGGGUCCUAACAGCUGCUCAUGCCGUAUAUGAGCAAAAACAUGAUGCAUCCUCCCUGGACAUUCGAAUGGGCGCCCUGAAGAGACUAUCACCUCAUUAUAUACAAGCCUGGGCUGAAGCUGUUUUUAUACAUGAAGGUUAUACUCAUGAUGCUGGCUUUGACAAUGACAUAGCACUGAUUAAACUGAAUAACAAAGUUGUAAUCAAUAGCAACAUCACGCCUAUUUGUCUGCCAAGAAAAGAAGCUGAAUCCUUUAUGAGGACAGAUGACAUUGGAACUGCAUCUGGAUGGGGAUUAACCCAAAGGGGUUUUCUUGCUAGAAAUCUAAUGUAUGUCGACAUACCAAUUGUUGACCAUCAAAAAUGUACUGCUGCAUAUGAAAAGCCACCCUAUCCAGUGGGAAGUGUAACUGCUAACAUGCUUUGUGCUGGCUUAGAAAGUGGGGGCAAGGACAGCUGCAGAGGUGACAGCGGAGGGGCACUGGUGUUUCUAGAUAGUGAAACACAGAGGUGGUUUGUGGGAGGAAUAGUGUCCUGGGGUUCCAUGAAUUGUGGGGAAGCAGGUCAGUAUGGAGUCUACACAAAAGUCAUUAACUAUAUUCCCUGGAUCGAGAACAUAAUAAAUAAUUUUUAACUUGCAUGUCUGCAGUCAGUCAAGGAUUCUUCAUUUUUAGAAAUGCCUGUGAAGACCUUGGCAGCAACGUGACCUGAGAAGCAUUAAUCAUUACUGUGAACAUGGCAGUUGUUGCUCCACCCAAAAAACAGACUCCAGGUGAGACUGCUGUCAUUUCUCCACUUGCCAGUUUAAUUCUAGCCUUACCCACUGACUCAAGGGGACAUAAACCACGAGUGAUAGUCACCUUUGCCAACCCAGUGUAAUGUCACUGCUCAAAUUACAUUUCAUUACCUUAAAAGGCCAGUCUCUUUUCAUACUGGCUGUUGGCAUUUCUGUAAACUGCCUGUCCAUGCUCUUUGACUGUUUUUAAACUUGUUCUUAAUGAUCUCUAUAAGUGCUUUAUAUAUUAUGGCAGUAUUGAUUGAGGAAUAACCUUGAAUCCCUUUUUUGGGUAGGUAGGUUGGAAACACUGAUACUUCAGCCCAGGUAUUGACUAAAAUUUCCAUGUUAAAAACCAAUACCACAAAAUGGUGGGAUACAAUUAUUCACUUAUCAAAUUGUCAGACAAAAGGAACGUGAAUAGUAGUAUUAUUUCACACUGUUAAAGACAACAUAAACUUACCAAAGGACUAUUUGGUAAUACAUUUUAAGCAAGACCAGGCAUGUUCAGGGAGGGUGGCAGGCCAUAGAUUGGCAAUACAUUUCAAAAGUCCUUAAAAAGCAUGCAUAAUCUUUGACCUAGCAAUUCCAAUGCUAAGAAUUUAUUUUAGCAGUAAGGAUAUUCCUAGCAAUUGGAAAUAACCUGAAUAAUAUUCAAAUUCAGAAGACUGAAUCAAAACGUGGCAUGAUGAAAAAUGGCAUUAGAAAUAAGUGGUGACAUUAUAGAUAAAUCUGUGUUUUUCCUCUUUACAAUGAACAUGAAAUACUUGGGCACAGUGAUGCCUAACAAAAGCACAGAUCACACAAUAGUUGAGUCAAGUACAGAACCCUAAUACACACUUAGGGGCUACUUUGCUCAUACUCAACAACAACAAAAUCAUUCUUACUAUUACACAUUAUCUCUUGGAUUACGGAGUAGUUAACUUCCUACUUUUUCCUACUAAGGACACAACUUAAGUGCUGAUUUAACCUUAAAAAUCUCAUUUGAUUUUAGCUGGCUAUUCCCUCCUAAAAGGUUUUAAUAGCUAACAUUCAAGUUUUUCAGUCUAACUAAAAGUUACCAUUCCAUGUAAAAGCUUACUGUGAGUCUUGGCUUCAUUUCUCUUGUGCAUAUAAAGUACAACUUCUUGAGACUCAAUUUUUAAAGGUAACUUUCCAGCAUCUGUAUAUCACAUAUAAAAAGAAAUCGUGUUUUUCCAGUAAGACUCCAGACACUAAACUGUGGUGUCAAAAAAAAAUUUUAUUUAACUGGUUCAAAAAAUUUUUUAGAAUGAAUGCAUUUAGAUGACCAAAUAGAUUUUUAAAAACAAAUCUUUGCCAAAUAGUUUAAGUACUUUUAAACUUCAAAAUCUUUGUAGGGUAAAAUAAAUACCCGUAUCUAUGCAGUACCAUAAACAUGUUAAUAAAAGGCUACUCAACAGUGAAAGCCUUCUAUGACCAGUAACUGAAAUUUACACAAGUGUAAAGAAGGGAUUAAACCAUGCCGUUGACAAGUUAACUUACCCCUGGGCUCCUUGAAGGCUUGUCAGUUUAGUCUUUGGAGGUCCCCGAGUACCAUUUUAAGUGUUACCAUGUUACUGCUGCUGAGUAAUAGUGCAAGUGCUAAAAUGCAAAAUUCAGAUGGUACAGGGUUUGGAAAUCAUGCAGAUUUAGAUGCAGAAAAAAAAAAA